AUGCAAAGACACUACAAUUAUGUUCAUUCGAAAGAACGUCCCCAUGCGUGUGACCACUGUGAUAAAUCGUUUUCGAGGAAGGACGAUUUGCAAAGGCAUAUCAGUUCUGUUCAUUUGGAGCAGCGCCCCCAUGCAUGUGAACAUUGUGGCAGAUCGUAUUCUGAGAAGCGCAGUUUGCAAGGACACAUCAGUUCUGUUCAUUUAAAUGAGCGACCUCACGAAUGCAAAUACUGUGAGAAAGCCUUUUAUCUGUUGGUUAAGCUCCGUGUGCACGAAAAGUCUGUUCACUUGAGGCAACGACCCUAUACGUGUGAGCACUGUGGCAGGUCGUUUUUUGGGAAAUGCAAUUUGCAAAGCCACCUCAGAACUGUUCAUUUGGCACAGCGCCCCUAUACAUGCGAACAGUGUGGUAAAUCGUUUUCACAGAAGGGUAAUUUGCGAAAACAUUUCAAAUCUGUUCAUUCAAAGGUUGGACACUCAGCUUCGAAUGGUAACAUGGUUGCACAAGUAGAAUUGAAGCAGGAGAGCAAGGUACAAGUCACUUCAUAAUGUGGCGAUGGCCUUCAUUACAUGCGGCGGGAUUGGAACGCUGUUGGUCAGUACAAUUGUCUCCCAAUGUGAAUAGACACGGGUGGCAAUGCGACGUUUACGUGCAUUUGGCUCGUUACUGACAGAGUAAUUGACCCGAUGAAUGUGCAUACAGCUCGCUUGGAAACCCCCUCUGUAUUUGACUUCCACCGCAAUCUUUUGUUAGUACUUCAAGUACAUGUGUACUUUUGUAUGUAAUUUUAACUUCUGUGUACCAGUAAAAACCCCUUUGAGUUAUCC